AACACCCUUAUUUUUAAACCUCCCCCCCCCCCCCCCCCCCCCCCCCCCCUCAGAAAUGGUGAUUUUCAGUCAAAAAAAUCGGUUUUUAGAUACGCACAUGGAAAGAUAGCCUAAAGUGUCUACUUUCAGAACCUGUAUCGCUUUUGGUUACAAAAGUGCUUUUUCGCGGCUUUUGAACAAGUUUUCUAGGAGCCUCGAAAAACCGGGUCUUCAGAUAAUAGUUUUUUUCUGCAUACUUAUGCAAUUAAAAUUUUUCUAAACACACAGAUUUAUAGAGCAAACUUUUCUAAUCAAAAUAAGGCCUCACGCAAUUCUGUAUGGCCUUGCGUCAAAAAGUUACAGGCAUUUUUCUAGAAGUCAUAAAAUUGAGUAUUUUAUACAGCGUUUUCUCUAUAUAAGAGCUACAUCUGAAAUAUUUCCCAAGAUUUUUUAUAGUGGUUUGUCGUAGAGAGUUUAUUCUUUUUUUGUUUAAAAGAGGGAAAGAAACUACAUGGGCUGACCGAUUUUUGAAUUGGGUCUUAGUUUUUUAUCAGAUUGAAGAUUUUUAGAAAACUUGGAAGCAUUUUCCGGGUUUGGAGGUUGUUGGUUGACUGGAAAACGAACAAAGGCCCUUAAAACUCGUUUUGGUGCUGCAUUAACAAUUUUCAUGACAUGAUACUAACUGUUGAGGUAAUUCGAAGAAUUUUGCCUAACUUUCGUUUCAAUAAUACAAACAACAGAAGAAAAUAAAUAUUGUUGUCGUAUGCUUAUUCAUGACACUCACUGUAAAUCGAUGAGCACUGCAGUCAGAUCUUGCUCAACAUUUCUCUCUGUAUAAAGUGCACGAUCUGUAUGUGUAAUUGAGACAUGCCGAAACAUUUAGUGAUCAAAAGUAUCUUUUUCUGGUGAUCGAAAAAAUUGAUACCCUUAUUUUUUGUAUCUAAGUUUGUCCACGCCUCGGACUUGGAAGCAAAUACGCAGAAAGAAGACCCUGUGAAAUAUCAUGAAGCAUGGCAAUUGCUCUGUAGUGCACAUGGAAUUUUGAUACCAGGUGGAUUUGGAUCGCGCGGUAUUGAAGGGAAAAUAUCGGCCAUUGAAUGGGCGAGAACACAGCUAAAACCAUUCUUAGGUAUUUGUCUUGGUUUACAAUGUGCCGUUAUCGAAUUUGCUCGUCAUGCACUUAAUUAUAAAGGGGCUAAUUCAGCUGAAUUUGGAAAAAGUGAUUAUUCAGUGAUUGUUGAAAUGCCAGAACAUAAUCCAGAAAAACUUUAUGGAAACGUCAAGUCGGUUGAUGAAAGACAUCGUCAUCGGUAUGAAGUGAAUCCCGAAUUUGUUGCUGAAUUAGAGCAACAUGGAAUGAAAUUUGUUGGACGAAGUGAAGAUAAUGAACGUAUGGAAAUAAUGGAACUUGAAAAUCAUCCAUAUUUUGUUGGUGUUCAAUAUCAUCCAGAAUAUAUCAGUAGACCAUUGAAACCAUCAGCACCUUAUCUUGGCUUAAUAUGGGCGGCUUGUGAUGAAUUAAAGAAUGUUUUGGAAAAUUUAUCAAAACAUGAACAAUCGCAAUCUGAGAAGUGUAAUGCACCGGAUAUUGUUAAUCCUCCACUUUUUCAAGAAAAAUCAGUCGCAAAUAAUCAUUCCUAA